AUGACUAAUACUGUUGAGAGAUUAUGGAAAAAUUUUAUAGAGUAUGCCAAAGCAUAUACCGAAAAUGAUAAUCUUUUGAAAUAUGAUGUUUUCUUCCAUAAGUUGGUAUAUCAUAUGCGAUAUAAGGAGCAUAUAUCAAUCCCAGAUAAAAUUGGUCAACCUGAAACUAUGAGAAAAAAAGAGAUUAUUACCAAGCAACCUACCUUAUCCAAUAUAACGAAAGCCGAUCAAAGGGCACUUGACGAUUUUCUAAAUACAUGGAAUAAGGCAGUUAGCUCAUUAUACCCUAAAGAUAUUGAGUCUUGUCCAUAA